AUGGUGCUACCUUGUGAUUUAGGAGUCAGGAGUCACAGGGAAAACAUCCAACUCACCAAUUUGACCCCGGUCAAGCAAAUACCACCCGGAAGCGGAAACUUCAUUCCUCAGAUAACCAACAUCACCACGGGAUCGCACAUAGGAGGUCACACCGUUGGGGGCGCCCCAUGUUCGAACCGUUUGAAUAGUGACAUCCAGCCGCAGGGCCGGCCACCGAGAACCGAAGCGCAGCUUAGCCGCGAGGAACGCCGCAGGAGAAGACGCGCAACGGCGAAAUAUCGAACUGCGCACGCAACGAGAGAACGAAUACGCGUCGAGGCCUUUAAUGUGGCUUUCGGUGAGCUAAGAAAACUGCUACCGACCUUGCCCCCGGAUAAGAAACUCUCAAAGAUAGAAAUCCUGCGACUCGCGAUCUGUUACAUUGCGUAUCUCAACCAUGUACUAGAUGCAUGA